UCUCAGCGCAGUCUUUACGCGCACUGGUACAGUCCUGUUACGCACGGAUCGGGCUUUUACCGAAGCUCGUGUUAAAGAAGUCAGAGUGAAAUCUCAGUGCAAAUUCUUUCACUUUCCUUCAAAACCUUCUCGGGAAACAUCACAUCAUGUCGGUGGUGAGCGCAGUGCCGUUCAUGAAGCCGCUCCACAUGCGCUCUCCGGUGCCGCGGGGCCGCCGCCACACGCUACCGGCCAGCGAGUUCCGGUCCCUCAGCCUGGAGGACGCCAUCAGUGUGUUCGAGAUUGAAAGAGAAGCCUUCAUCUCGGUGUCCGGCGAGUGUCCCCUCCACCUGGACGAGGUGCGUCACUUCCUCAGCCUGUGUCCUGAGCUGUCUCUUGGCUGGUUCGAGGAGGGACGGCUGGUGGCUUUUAUCAUCGGCUCACUCUGGGACCAGGAGAGGCUUACCAUGGAUGCUCUGACUCUCCACAAGCCUCACGGCCCCACCGUCCACAUCCACGUCCUGGCCGUCCACCGGACCUUCCGCCAGCAGGGGAAAGGCUCCAUUCUGAUGUGGCGCUACCUGCAGUACCUGCGCUGCCUGCCCUACGUCCGCCGCGCUGUGCUCAUGUGCGAGGAUUUCCUGGUUCCCUUCUACCAGAAGUCAGGCUUCAAGGUUCAGGGCCCCAGCGAGAUCACAGUGGGACCCCUGACCUUCAUCGAGAUGUUCUACCCAGUCAGGGGCCACGCCUUCAUGCGGCGUAACAGUGGUUGUUGAAGACUGAGGGACUUAAAGUGGAUCUUUCCUGGCUGUUGGUGAUGGUUGGACCCCACCUCCAAUGGAAACAGAAAAGGGGACACAUGAGCAGUUUAGCUGUGACCGGUGCAGUGAUAGUGUUUCAGAUCAUCACUGUGAGUGGAACUUGCUCAGCAGGUAGUGAGGCGUGAAAUCUGAAUUCUGCACAGAGCUGAAAACAAAGAGUUGCCAUCCAGCUGCCAACAACAGCUGCUUGGAAAAGUGGUCGGAAACAGAAAAGAUGUCUUGAGUUGUAUUUUAGUGUGUUUGUAACAUAGCAUCUAAAUCAUUAGAGCAAAUUCAGCUUUUUUUUUUCAUAUAAAGCUAUUUUGAUAAAUGCUGGACAUUUAUUAAUCAUAGAAUGCAGCUGCCUUGCUUCUUUUUUUAUAUAUUUGUUUUGUCUAACAUGGUUUCAGGCUCUCAAUGAAGCCCAUGAGGACAAACUUAGUAAAAUGAAUAUUAAUUCUAUGUAGGUCUUUUACAGUUGUUUUAGAACAUCCGUGUACAUGUUGUGCAUCGUAUAAAUGCAGUAAUUAUACAUCGAUAUGCCAAAGUAAACAAGUAAAUCUACAGUUAUGGAAUAAAAAUACAAAGGAGGGAUAUCAGCUACCAAAUGCCAGAAAAUGAUUCUUGCUUGUGCAUCGUUUAAUAUUAAGAUUUGAGAGGUCCUGUCAGUGACUCUUCACAAAGUCUGUGGCAUUAAUGUAAAUGUUCAGAAAAUCUAUGAGUCACGUUCUAUAAAACCCCUGUACACAUCAGUAUAUCUAUAUAUUCUGAGUAUAUUUGCUUCAGAGAUGUCUUCUUUAGUCUCCUAUCAUGUUUUCCUUUUAGACAGUCACCACCUUUGCCUCCCACAGUCUUGAAUCAAGACGAAUUUGUUUUUUUUAUGCUGUUUUGCUCUUAAAAUAAUAAAAGGUCUAUUUUCUCA